AUGCCUCGACCGGGGGGUGCCGCAGAGACAUAUGUCGCCUACGGUAUGACGCAGAAAUUAUUUGAGAUGUGUUCGAAGCAAGCCGACUACACCAUUCCACAAUUAUCUCAGAAGGGAGCCCAGGUUCCGAAGACCGAAGCCGGUGAAGAUCUUGGAGUUGGGCAAGGGUGGUGGUAUGAAGACUUGGGAUUGGUCCCGACGUUCUCGACAUGGUCGCAGGUCACCUUUCUACAUAUGUAUCUUCUCACUGUGCGGUUACGCGCUUUGCCCUCCUAUGAGAGUCUACAGACAUACUCUCGCCAUUUGAUUGAUCAUUUCUCACACAACGCCGAGCACCGCAUGGACGUCCUUCAUGGUCUAUCGAGUCGCUCCAUCCGGAACAAGUUUCUGAAGGAUCUCUUCAUUCAAUGGCGAGGCGUCUUGGCUGCAUACGAUGAAGGUCUCGUUAAGGGCGAUGCUGUUCUAGGAGCCGCUGUUUGGCGAAACUUGUGGAAGGCUAGUCAUACUGAGCCGAAUGGUGAUGAGAUCGAUUGGACCAAGAUCGCACGGGUUGUUGCAUACAUGCGCCGUGUGACAUCGGAGCUUUCUCAGGUGCAUGAGGCCGAUCUUUUUUUACAACUUGGCUCCCAAAACAGUGGGAAACCGGGCAUUUUUGGUUAUUCUGAAAUGGAUAAGCUUGUGGUUGAGGGGAAACAGUGA